AUGUUAGACAUACGUAGGCAAAAAAUUGAUUUGGCAGAUGACUUGGGGAUCAAGCCUAAAUCCACAGUUGAGUUGAUGGGUAGACAAGCUGGUGGGAUCGAAAACCUAAGUUUUUUGACCCAAGAUGUUAGGAACUAUCUCCGCACUAAAAGACAGCGUGCCUUGACAUAUGGUGAAGCAGUUAGUUUGAUGAAGUACCUUGUUAUCCAAACUAGAAACAACCCAUCUUUCACAUACUUGUUUCAACUGGAUAGUGAAGAACAAAUAACUAACAUAUUUUGGGUUGAUCCAAAGAUGAUCAUUGACUACGCACAAUUUGGAGAUGUAAUCAGUUUUGACACUACACUUUGCACCAACAAAGAGUGUAGGUCAUUUGGGUUAUUUGCUGGAUUCAAUCAUUAUAGAGGGUGCACUGUAUUCGAGGCCACACUUUUAUAUGAUGAGACAUUGGAAUCUUUCAAAUGGCUGUUUGAGGUUUUCACUAAAGCAUAUGGUGGAAAGAAGCCUAUAACUAUAUUCACGGACCAAGACAAAGCUAUGGCUAGAGCAUUAAAAGAAAUGUGGCCUCAGACAUGGCAUAUAUUGUGUACUUGGCACUUAAUGCAGAAUGGCAUUACACAUUUGGGUCAUAUGAUGAAAGAUGGCUCCAAGUUUCUUAUAGCUUUAAAGAAAUGCAUAUACCAAUACGAUGUGGAAGAUGAAUUCGAGACAACAUGGUAUAAUUUACUGAACGAGUAUGAUGUUAAGGAUAAUGCAUGGUUGCAACGCAUUUAUGGUCUUAAAAGUCAAUGGACGAAGUGCUAUAUGAAAAACACAUUCAUUAUAGGCAUUCGAAGUACACAGCUUAGUGAGAGUCUGAACAGUGACUUGAAGGACUAUUUGAAGUCAACUUUGGAUGUUGUACAAUUUUUUAAACAUUUUGGAAGAGUUCUUAACCAGAAGCAUGAUAUAAAGCGUAUUCCUGAAUGCUAUAUUUUGAAGAGAUGGACAUGGGGAGCAAGAACUAUGGUGGUCAAUGACAGUAGUGGGAAAGAAGUUGAACAAGAUGUCAACUUGGAUUGUACACAACGGUAUAAGCGUAUUUGUCCUGAACUUAUUCAAAUAACAUCAGAAGCUUCAAAUACAAUUGAGGGAUACAAUUUGGUGAAAGAUGUUGUGAAUGAAUUAAGGUUUAAGCUUGGUAAUAUUAGAAUCUACCCAGUUGAUUGCCCUGAUAUGCCAAUAUUGCCUAAUUUCUCCGAUGACGAUUUUAUUUCUCAUAUAUCAUCUCAAGCAUCUGUAGCUCAUCAAUCACUGGAUGAAGAUUAUAUUUAG